AUGGGGUUUUCAAAACUACCUGUCGAGUUGAACCUCUAUAUCGUGGCCUUCUUCAAAUACGAAAGCGACCUGAACUCGUUCGUAAGAACAAGCAAAUUCACUUAUCGUCUGAUGAACGAUUUCCUAUAUCGACACAAUGUCCUCUAUUUUGGGAGCUCCGCCCUUGAAUGGGCAGCGCGAAAUGGCGUCGAAAGAACUGCGCUAAUGUCACUAGAAGCCGGCGCCUUACCAAGUGCCUGCGUGGACGAAGAAUGGCAGCCGAUGGCGUUAGCAGCGGCUCACGGACACGACAAUGUAGUCAAGUUAUUUCUAGACUUAGGGGUCGAUCCAUGUCGAAGGGAAGGGUGGCGACCCCUCACAGAAGAGUUUCUGACCCAGCAAGAGUUCGAGAGCGACGGAUACCCGAACAUUUGUUUCAAGCCUGAAAGUGAUCCGCUCACCCUCGCGAUUGAGAAUGGCUUCGAAAAUGUUGUACGCUUGCUGAUCACGCAUGGUGCCACGAGAGAUUGGAACAACCGGAAUGCGAUGGCUGCUAUCUAUAUAGCUAUCGCCCGUGGACACUUGACACUAGUCAAAUUACUGGUAGAAAUGUUUCCUCAAAGCAUUAAUGAAGCCAGUCGGGAUGAUGCGAAGGGUCCUUUGAUAUUUGCGAUACGGCACAAUAAACCAGCAAUUGCUCGAUUUUUGAUUAGUGUCGGAGCCGAUGUAAAUAUUGCAUGCGACAGGAAAAUUACCCCACUGGGUUUGGCCGCCGUGGGAGGCGAUCUUGAGACUGUCAUGUUCCUUGUGGAGAAAGGAGCCUGUCCGGAUCCCGAGAUGUGUGGCGGUGCUACAUUAUGGCCUUUGAGGUGGGCAGCUGAACGCAAGAGAUACGAUAUUGUGGAAUAUCUGCUCUCAAAAAUUGACGUGGAUGCUAAGAUCUCUAAGGGGGGUGAUGACUUGGCUAUCCUUCUGUUUGUUUCGGCACUUUGUGGACUUGAGAGCCUUCUUCGGGAGAUUCUUGCGAGUGGAUGUGAUGUAAACAUCGUUUGCCGUUGUGAUUAUCCUGAUUACUCUUCCUGGCCCCGCCCAGCACUCUCCGCGGCCGCAGGAAGAGGGCGUGUUGAUAUCGCCACCAUUCUCCUAGAACAUGGUGCAAGACUGUAUGGAGAGGAACCAGAUGAGAAAAGGGGCUAUGAGCCGAAAUAUCAGCCGCUCUUUUCAGCCUGUCGAGGAGGUCACAUCGAGGCAGUGAAGUUGCUGCUCGACCAUGGCCUCGAUCUUAAGAAAGCGGAGACUGAAAGAAAUUCGGCUGUGAUUGCAGCCAUAGGGUUCCCUCAGAUCAUUGAUUUGCUUCUUUCGCGAGGUGCGGAGGGCCAAGCUCGAUUCUACAAUGACAAAGCAAAUCCGAUGACAGAGGCCGUUAGGUCUGGGGGUAUUGCAUCUGUGCAAGUUUUACUCGGCCAUAAUGUGCCCGUUGAACCCGCCUUUCUCACUAGGAACGAAAGUUUGAUUGGCGAAGCAUCAAAAAGUAAGGAUGGACCGGCUAUGUUGGAUCUUCUAGCUGCACAUGAUGUGGUGGCUCAGGCAGACGACAAACAUGCACAACAAGUGUUACAAGCUACAAUAAGACGAGGAGGUGCAGCAGUCACUGAAUUCUUCCUCAAAAGGGGGUUUGACCCGAACUUGAAAUUGUACGAACACUCGGGCAAUUCAAAAUCAUACCUCGAGGAUGCAUUGGCAGCCAAUAACCAAAAAGCUGCAGAAGCAACGAUUGAUGUGCUCCUGCGCUACGGUGCGGAUAUCAACGAUCUCCAGGGCUACUCACACAAUUUCAUACUCUGUCAGGCCGAGUCAAAGUGCCUUAGCUAUGUUCGGCUUCUUCUAGAUCGAGGAGCAAAUCCUCUUCCGGAGAAUCGCUUUGGUUUGUCACUACUUGAAUUCGCGGCUAAGAAUAACUACAAAGCGUUUCUUCGCGAGGUAUUGCGCUAUAUCGAUGCACAAAACCUACCAUUUGCCGAUAUACAGCGAAAUUUCUCUUUGGUUGAAUCGCAUCCAGAAGUACGGAAAAAUUGGCAUGCUAUGAACAUCUGGGAGAGCUUCUACUGGAGAAAUAAAUAUCCCAUGUCUUCUUGA